AUGUCAGGCUGUCUCGCUGAGAGGAGGCAGACGGAAAGGCAUCACAUAGGCUACUCACCCGUUCCCCGUUCCAAAACUGAAGAAAGAAGGCUCCUCGACGAGAUUGGGGACCUGUCCGGAAGACUCGAUGAAGCAGAGGCUGUUGCCGUUGAGAAGGAGGAGGCCAUUGAAAGUAUGACAACGCAAAACGCUAAAGCAACUUGUACUGAUAACAAAGAAGUUGUAUAG